CCGCUAGGGGGGCGUUUUUUUGGCUAGUUUAAAUAUUCCAAUUUGUAUUUUGUGUUAAAAGGAAAUUGAAAUUUCGUUUAUAAUUCCAAGCACUGAUACUCAUUUUGGGUUUUUCAACUGAGUUAUAUAUGCUUGUUCCCCAUUGGCUUCCUUUCUUCAGAUGUAAGGCACCGUCCUCGAGUUUUCCUUGUUCCUUCUGAAUAUUUGAACGUUUAAACUUCCCUUCUGCUUCUGCUCGUUAACCUUAAUGAUCUCUUAACCUCAAUAACCUCUUUUUAUCUUAUAUAAUUGUUGUGUACUAAAAUUUUUCAUGACUUCAAAGAAGAUUGCCCUUUUUCUUAUCAGUAAAAGAUGAUUCUUUUUGACCCCAAUUAUUUGUACAUACGAACAUGAUAAUGAAUUUUGCCAGGCGCACUUUUCUAUGAAAACAUAGUAUCCAAGAAAAGUGAAAAGCAGUGAAAUGUUGGGAAAUUUCGUCAGAACUACGUACAAGGUGAAUAGGAGGCAUUUUCAUAAAUCCAGACAGUUAAAUGAAGAAUUCGAAAACCCAAUUUUCAGAACUUUUAGAAUAUUGAGGGACGACAUUCAGUUAAAAAAUCGCCCAAAAAAUCGCAUCAAGUCUCAGGACAGAUCAUUUCCUAGACAUGCAGAUAUAGUUAUUGUAGGAGGAGGUGCCAUUGGCAGUUCCAUAGCCUACUGGUUGAAAGAAAAAUCUAAUUAUGAUGGAGUAAAAGUAGUAGUUCUGGAAAAAGAUCCAACGUACAAAAAAUGUUCUACUGCUUUGUCAGUAGGAGGUUUGAGGCAACAAUUUUCCCUAGCUGAGAAUAUCCAGAUGUCUCUAUAUGGGGCCGAAUUUUUGAGAACCUUGAAAAAGAGGUUUGGUCCUGAUGCUGAUGUGAAUUUUCAUCCUCAUGGCUACUUACUAUUAGCAAAUGAGGAAGGGGCCCCACUACUUGAAGAUAAUAAUAAGUUGCAAAGGGAACUGGGAGCUGUGAAUGUUUUACUUACUAAAGAAAAAUUGAAGGAAAGAUUUCCUUAUAUGGACGUUUCAGAUGUUGCUCUUGGCUGUUUGGGAUUGGAAAAAGAAGGCUGGUUUGAUCCGUGGUCUCUGCUAACCUUGUUGAAAAAUGGAGCUAAACAAUUAGGAGCUCAGUACGUUACAGGUGAAGCUGUAGAUUUUUUAUUUGAAGAGAAGUCAAGUAUCAUGGUUCAAGGAGUAGACCAAGGAACUUAUGAGGGAACAAAUACCUUAGUAGUGAGCUGCAUUAGGAAAAUGUUAUCAACAGUUUCAAUUUCAAUUAAAACAGAUAACUUACAGGUGACAGGGGCAUGGAGUGGAUUUUAUGAAUACAACACGUUUGAUAUGAACGGAAUUAUUGGACCACACCCCUACUUCCUAAAUAUGUAUAUAGCUUCAGGAUUUAGCGGACAUGGUAUCCAGCAAGCCCCCGCAGUUGGAAGAGCCGUUGCAGAACUUAUUUUAGAUGGUAGAUUUCAAACAAUUGAUCUAACCAGAUUAGGAUUUGAUAGGUUAAUUGUCGAUAAACCUAUGUAUGAAGUUGGAAUAAUCUAAGCUCACAUUUUAAAACUAUAAGUUAAUGAAUGUAAUUAAUUAGGUUUUAUCAAUUAUAUUUUUUAUGAUUUGUUACCACUUUUUAUGACUUAUUAGAUUUGAAUCAGUUUUGUAUUCAAUUUCAUGGUGCCUUGUGUUAGAUCCAAGGGACAAACUGUGUCAAACAACAUUUUUUAACAGAACAAUUUUUUUGUCUUCCAGAUGUGAGUUAAUGAACUACAAUUGUUUGAUUAUUGAUAUCAAUUUGUAAAAUAAAUUAUUUGUUCUUCACA